AUGGCACAGGCAGCAACCAUCGGUGCGGCGGCCUUGCUCGGCGGGUAUGCGUUCUUGGCGCCGAGCGCUCCCAGCGCCGCCCCUUCAGCCCCCGCGCAGCUACGAGGUGCACCGCCUCAGCCACGCCAGGGUUCGGCGGCAGCUCCCAUGGCUGGGGCUUUCGCUUGCGUGGCGGCCGCAGCUGCCGUGAGCAGGAGGUCAGAAGCCAGCACGGCUUGCCGAGCGGCGGCCGUGAAGAAGAAGGGUGUGAAGGUGGUCCAUGGCAAGGAGAUCCCAUGGAACCUCUUCACCCCAAAAGCCCCUUAUCCGGGCAAGGUCAUUGCGAACGAUGUGCACCCGCAGACCCUCACCGAGCAGACCGGUGACCCAAACUGGGAAACUUGCCACGUGACCUUCGACCACGGUGGCAAGGUGCCAUACAUUGAAGGACAAUCCAUCGGAGUCAUUGCCCCAGGGCCCGACAAGAAGGGCGAGACACCGGCAAGGAUUCGAUUGUAUUCCAUCGCCUCAUCUGCUGUUGGUGACAACCAGGACUCCAAGACAGUCUCCCUGUGCGUGAAGCGUGUUGUGGAGGUUGAUGGCCAGCAUGCCAACCGUGAAAAGGGAGAGGACAAGCCGGACAAGGCGGGCACUGCCUAUCCCGACAACAAGGUGUACCGCGGCGUCUGCUCCAACCACAUUUGCGACAUGAGCCCCGGAGAUGACGUGAUGAUCACCGGCCCUACCGGUGCUGAGAUGCUCCUGCCAGAGGACCCUGACGCCAACAUCAUCAUGCUGGCCACAGGCACCGGCAUUGCCCCCAUGCGCUCUUACUGCCGCCUCCUCUUCCACGAUGAUGCUGGCGCCAGCUCCGAUGGUGCCCGCAAGUUCAAGGGCACUGCGUGGCUCUUCAUGGGCGUGCCCUACUCCAAGUCCUUGCUGUACGACGAUGAGCACCAGGCUUACAAGAAGAGCUUCCCAGAUCAGUUUCGCUACGACUACGCCGUCAGCCGCGAGCAGAAGAACGCCGCGGGCCAGAAGAUGUACAUUCAGACCAAGAUGGCCGAGUACGCAGAUGAACUUUGGGAGCUCAUGCAGGAUGAGAAGACCCAUGUCUACAUGUGCGGCUUGAAAGGUAUGGAGUCUGGCAUGGCCGAGUGCUUCGGUCCCAUCGCGGAAAAGGCGGGAAAGGACUGGGCCGAAUUCGCCAAAGCCAUGAAGAAGGCGGACCGCUACCACGUGGAGGUCUACUGA